GAAUCUCUAAAAUUCCAAUGGCUGAGAAAGAAGGUACUGUCAAUAUUGAGCGACUCGACUUCGGCCAAGACCCGGAGCCCCGCCGAAAGCUCCGCUCCGGCUACCUCGCCGUCCGGAAGCUGACCAGUGAGAAAAGAGACGAUAUAGUGAGUCAGGACUCAAAGAAAUUUGAUGUUGUUAUUGACGAAAUUAACAGACUUCAUGAGCAAGUACAGCUUCCCAGAGAACAAGUCUCGGAUGCGCAAGCACUUCUAGACGUAACUAAAACCGUGGUGGCCCCUAUUAUGUCACAUCAUAAUGGGGAAACUACCACAAGCGAUUUCAUUACCAGUUUGAUUUCAAAUUUCGGGCAAGUCUAUAGGUCAUCAGUGAACGAAGAUGAUGCCCAUGUCUCACUUAACUGGAAAGAUAUUGGACUUUCUGUUCCACCAACACUCAAGAGGGCUUUUGGAUGUUGCACAAUGCUUGGACCCAUGGAUACUGAGUAUAAGGAAAGGAAGGCUGCUGUCCGCCGUACAAAGCCUACCACAGCUCAUCUGCCGACACAGAUUAAUGAAGGAGGGGAAGCAAAUGAGACAGACUUAAACAUGUUAACAAUGUAUGAGAUAUUAAAGAAGAAGAAGAAUGUCGAACUCAGUUGUUUGAUACUAAAUAGAAGGUCUUUUGCACAGACCGUGGAGAAUCUAUUCGCUCUUUCAUUCCUCGCAAAAGACGGCAGAGUUAGAAUUGCCGUCGAAGCAAAUGGUUCUCAUGUCGUUUCACCUACGAAUGGUCCUGUUGCCAAUGCAGUGGCUUAUCACCAUUUUGUGUUCCGAUUUGAUUUCAAGGACUGGAAGAUAAUGACUGAAAUGGUGGCUGUUGGUGAGGAGCUGAUGCCUCAUAGAGACCACACAAAGUGCACACCUGCCCCUUAGGAGGAACCAGCAGCAUUCAAUUCCCAAACAGCCACAGCCCCACAGACAAACCGGAUUUGAAAACUUACCAGAAACCAUGGCCCGGUUGUACAGGAAAAAUCUACUGCAGAAGAAUUCUUUGGAAAUGAUGAUGCUUCUGGAGCCACAGCACUUCGCAGCUGUAAGCGCAAGCUUUAGCUUGACAUGUGCAAGCGGUAGCUUAAGUUGAGGGGAAGGUUGGAUUCAGGGUCCUCUACUGAUCCUAGGGUGCUGAUUUUGCACUCGUGUCCAAAAUGACGUAGUUUAUUGACAGAAGUUCAAGACAACGUAAUUAAACGUAAGCACAAAACCAACAUUGUUAAGAUCACUAAAGGAUCCGGAUCACAGUCAUACACGGACAGCAUGUUUAUUUUGUUCAGCAACCAGCUGUAUAUCU